AUGGACGCCCUGCCGCCCCUGGAGGACUUAGACUCCCUGGAGGACAUACUAGCCGACUUGGAGCGCACGGAAACGCUCGAAGCAUCGCUCGACGAAUCGCUAUCAGCUCAUCUGUCGUCACCGCUGCUCGACAAUGUCCUCGUACAGCUCGAGCAGCUCGUGCCGGAUGUUCAGGGCCUCGAGAUGGCUGGCCUGGAGCUCGCACGCUCUGUCGAAGGCACGGCAGCCGUAGCUGAGCGCAUAAGCGGCAAAGUCAGAACGCUAGAUCUCGUGCAGUCACGGCUCAGAGAGAGUAUCGAGAUGGUGCAAUCCGUCCAGGAGCUCAAGACGGCUAUUCUGUCCAUCUCAGUAUCGAUUGGCCGGCUCGACUGGGAGACAGCAACGCGACACCUCCAGAGAGCCAUGCAAGUCGAUCCUGCGAUCACCACUUCUGCCUUUGCAGAGUCCUCCGUCCCCACGGCCGACUUGCCCAUGCCGCCGUCACAAGCACUAUCAGAUUAUCGACAGUCCCUCCUCGAGACCUUUCUCAAGGAAUUCGAAGCAGCUUGUCAGGAGCGUGACGAAGCCAACACCUCCAGAUACUUCAAGCUCUUCCCUGUCAUCAGAGCAGAGAAAGAGGGCCUGGACGCGUACUCCAAGUUCAUCUGCUCCAUCGUCCACGGUCGCUCCAAAGCAGCACUCACGCAAAAGGCCAAUUCUCUGCUGUACUUUUCGCAAAUACUCACGCCACUGUUUGAGCAAAUCGCCCUCAUCGUCUCUCAGCACCAGCCCGUGGUAGAGAAGUACUAUGGUGAUGGCAAGAUGAUCGAUGUCGUCGCUCGACUUCAGACCGAAUGCGACUUGCAAGCUCUGUCCGUGCUGGAGCGAUGGCACGAGGAGCGCGCCAUCAGCAAGAAGCUAUCGGAAUCAAGAGCAUAUCGCUUUCAGCAGCUGCAGGCACUCUCUCAGCCGGCAAUCGUGCCGCGCAAGACAGGGUUCAAUGCGCCAUUCAACACAGCGCCCUUUCGCCAAAUGACAAACUCGCCUGCUCUGACGGCCUCGCAGUCUGCACAGGACGACGACAGCCUAGAUCCGCGGACUAUCGAUGCUUUGCUGAGCGAAGUUGCCCAGAUCAGUAAUCGAUGGCAGCUCUACCGCAAGUUUAUCUACUCUCGCUUAGUUCAUUCAAAGAUACCGAUGGACGAGGACAGCGUGAGGCAAUCGGACACACUUCUAGAAUCUCUCGCGUUCACCGUCUCUACCGACGCGCUAAUUGACCUCAUCGAGAAGUCCGCCUUCAACGAACAGCUCUCAUUACAUCUCGGUCAGGUCUAUGUACCUUUCGAGACCUGGUACUUCCGCACAAGCGUCGAGAAAGCGCACACUCUAGACGAAGCAGACUUGGGCAGUCAGCCGGUCUUGUCCUCCUCGCUCGAUGAUACGUUCUAUAUCCUCAAGAAAGUCAUCGGCAGAGCACUCUCGAUGGGGUCUGCUACAGCUCUUGCUGCAAUAGCGAAGAGCAUGCGCAAUAUCUUGGAUAAUGACUUUGCCGAGAUACUCGCUCGGCGGACAGAGAAUCAGCUCUCGCUUGUGCCGCCGUACAGCACAGGAUAUCGGCCGCGCGACGAAGAGCGCGACAAGCGCGAGCGCGACGCACAGAUACAAGCGAUCGUAUACCUGAAUGACUUAGAUCAAGCCGGCGAGUAUCUUGGUCGAAUCAUCGAUGAGAUGCUAGAGAGACAAGGACCAGAGAGUCUGCAACAGUCAUUUUUCGUCGUCUCGGAAUUUGAGCAAGCAUCCGAUGCACUGCUUUCCAUCAAGAGCACAGACGAACGGUUCAGAGCGACUGCAAAGUCUGGCCUGGAAUCACUCUUUGGCAGUCUCGUACGACCGCGGUUGAGACCGAUGAUUGUCGAUUGCCUCAAGGACAUGAGCUACCAACUCGAUGAAGAUUCCUACGGCGAAGCGGAAACGCAAGAUCUCGUCAGGAAGCGUUUCAUACGGCAUUGGACGGACCUGACCGCACUCUACAAGGAGUAUCUGACGGAGAACAAUUACUUGACGCUGUUCUCCAUGGCCGUGAAUGUCCUCGGGCGCUCAUGGGAAGGCCUCGUUCGCAAUUCGCGCUUCACCGAACUCGGAGCACUACGCUUCGAUGCUGACUUGCGGUCGAUAAUCAGCUUUCUGUCGAGUCAGACACCGCUAGGGACCGGUGCACUUCGCGACAGCUUUGCUCGCAUGCAGCAGAUUGCGACUCUGCUUUGCUUGGAAUCUGCGGACGAUGCUGACGACCUGCGCGAGAGCAGCGGCUGGAAGCUCUCGCCUGCUGAGAUGAAGACGGUGCAAAGUCUAAGGUGGGCUCGCCGACGCCGCUCCGCAGUACGAGGAUAA